UUUUCCGUCCCGAUAAUGUUAGAGAUACAAUAUAGAAACUGGCGCUGGAUACCAAGUAACUUUUGCAUUUUUUAUUCCGAAAAUGAGUUUCCACGAACGAAAGGCUGUUGUAACGACCGUCAUGGACGAUCGAUACACGCCGCCGUUUUGUUCGUGCGGAUGCCAUGCACCGCGGCAGCCAAAACCGAUCGAAUCGCCGCCGCACGAACCAUGCUGUUGCUGCGACUACAACCCCUUCAGCGACAAUUCCAAGGAAUCGGAGAUCUACGAUCUGCCGUUCGCCCUGCGAAAACUGACGGUGUGAAGCCCGACGGGGUAUUGGGUACUGAUCCCUUGCUCGUGCAUUACCGUGAGGAAAACGAAAGGCUGCAGAAUGCAAAUGAGGAACUGGCAGAAAAAGUUCGCAACCUCGCGGAGAGCCUCGCCGAACGAGAUUGCUGCGACGAUCCGUGCGAAAAAGUUAAAUAUGUGAGGGAGAAAAUAGCAGCGCUGAGAGAUCGUUUCGCUGCUGAAAAAAAACAAAUGCGAGACACGAUAUCGCAUCUGAAGCUGAAGCUGGUAGAAGCCGAGGAGGAUACUUCCUGUGCGGCAUUAAAUCGUUUGAGGGCAAAGCUUCGUGAGUUAAUGAAAGAUGGUCAGAAGGCCGAUCAACAGGUGUCCGUAGUUGUCGAGAGAUCAAUGCAGACGUCGGUGGAUCUAUCAAAGAGCUACGAGGAUCUGCUACGAGCGGAGGACGAGCGCCUGCAAGCCGAAUUGACGCAAAUUCGUCGUUCAAUGAAGGAGGUUGUUACACCGGUCUCAGAUGAGAGCGUUCUCCCUUUACCCACAGAUCAGGAAGAAACGGACAUGUCGGCACUGUUAAGCCAGCUACGUAAUUGCAAGACGCUCCUGAGUGAAUUGAAAACGCAUUUGGACGAGAAGACAGCUUACGCGGAGGCUCUACGAAGCGAACUCGAGCAACUGAAAGCGGCACCGACGUUAGAUUUGGACCAGUUGAUCGUCAGUCCUACGAUUACAGUGGCUAAGGAGAAAGAAGAUCCUGAGAUUACGGAGCUACGCGAAAGCCUGCGGCAGUCGGAACUCGCGGUGAGUAAGUUGCGGAGCGAGAUCGAAGAUAUGAGGACCCAGCUGUAUAAUCUUGAGACGGAGAAAAAGGAACUUCUCGAUGAACUGGAGAAGAUACGGGGUGUGGCGGCCGAGAGAAACCGUCAAAUAAAUGAACUGCGCAACGAGAACGAGUCUCUGAAAGAGCACGUUGCGACAGUGAAAUCCGAACGCGACGAAUUAAAUACCAAGAAUGCAUUGUUGGAUAGGGAAAUUCAAAAAACACACGAAGAACUGAGAGGAACGAGGGAGGAAAAUAACGAGUUGAGGAACGAGAUCGAUAAGUUGAACGUUGACCUGCGUCUCGAGGAAGAAAAAUUUCAAGUGGCGCAAAAACGGCUGGGGGGCAUGAGGGGCGAUUUGCAUAGUCUCGGGGCCGAGAAUGAAUUCUUGAAAGAGACAUUGGAAAAUGCUAAAUUGGAGACUAACGAACUUAAAGAAGAAAAUGUUGCUUUGAAAAACAAUCUUGAUAACAUGAUUAAGGAGCUGGAAUCUUCGAGAGGAGAAAAUAAUAAUAUUAAGGCAAAGAUAGAGCAAUUAUUAUCCGAGAAUGAGCAUUUAAGGAAUGAAUUAGAAAAGCGAGUGGCGGAGACGGAUCAAUUAAAGUCCGAAGGAGUUGCAUUGAAGGAUGGCCUCGAUAGACUGCUACAAGAAAUGGAUAGAUUAAAGAUUGAGAACGAUAAUCUGAAGGACGAAAGUGCUGUUGUUAAAACCGAAAGAGACAGUCUAUCGACUGAAAGAGACAACUUGAAAUCCAAGAAUGGCCUUCUUAAAGACGACUUGUCUAAGACAAAUGUAGCGUUAGACGACGCAAAGAAACAAUUGAACAAAUUCCAAGUUGAGAAUGAAGUUCUUAUAAAAGAAUUGGAGAAAGCUAAUGUAAAUAAUAACGAGCUACUUGUGGACUUCAAUACGUUACAGAGCGAAAUGGCAAAGUUGAAGUUGGAGAACAGAAAAUUGUUAGAAGAAGUAGAUGAUGGGAAAGAACAACUAACAAAAUUAUCGUCCGAAAUAGAAACUCUGAAAAAGGAAGUGGAUAAUACGAGCAACAAAUUGAUGAAAGCAAAUAACGAAGUUGCAGAUUUGCGGCGAGAAGUAGCUGAAUUAAAUAAUAAACUGAAAGAGGCAAAAGUUAUAAAUGAACAGUUAAGGGCAGAUGUUCACCGAACGGAAGCAGAGAACAAGGAUAUUAAAUCGGAAAUGAAUAACUGCAGAAACGAAAAUGAUAGGUUAAACGCGAAACUAAAUGAACUGAAUAAACAAAUAAAUUCAACGACGGAAGAAGUAAACAAAUUAAGAGGACAACUCGACGACGCUAGGGAUCGGAUUAAGUUGCUCGAGGCUCAGAUCGCUAGUUUACAGACUGGUAAGGACAGGAUGCAGAAUGAGAUCAACGCUUUGCAAAAUGAGAUCGGAAAGCUGAAACUAGAUCUAAAUUUAGAAAGUGCUGCUAAACGAGACAUUCAGGAGGAAUUAACGGCGUUAAAGAGCGAGAUGAAAAACUUGAUCUCGAAGAUCGAUGAGAUGAAGAAGCAAAAUAAUAUUCUGAAAGAAGAGAGAGACGCCCUCAAGCGCGAACUGUUGAAUCUGGGCGAGGAAUCGUUGAGCCUAAGGGACGCGAAUGCUGAGAUGACGAGCGAGAUUAAUAAUUUAAGACCGGCUAUAUCAGAUCUUCAAUCGAAAUUAUCUAAGGCGGAAGAAGAUAUUGAACAACGGAACUUGGAAAAUUGCAAGCUUAAACUGGACGCAGAUAAGUUUGCCGCCGAGAUUGAAAAGACAAAAGAAGCUUUAAACGUCUGUAAGGUUGAGCAUCAAGCAUUAGAGAAGGAGAUAACGAAUCUUAGAAAUGAGAGGAUUAAGCUCAAUGGAAAAAUCGCAGAACUUGAAAAUUCGUUAAAAGAACUGAGUCUGUCUUCAUUCGCUGAAAAAUCUGCUAAAGAAGAGGCUAUGAAGGAACUGACGAAAGUUAAGGAUGAAGACGUUGCUUUAAAAGAGGAACUUAAAUUAUUGAAAUCCGAAUUAAAUAAAUUAAGAACGGAAAAUGACAAAAUAAGAAAUAAGGAGGACAGCCUAACGCGCCAAAUAUCAGCAUUAAAAGCAGAGCUUGAAAAUACGAAAACUGAGGUAUUAGCUUUAAGAACGGACAAUGACACAUUAAAAUCGAAAACGAAUACCUUAGCAGCCGAGAACAACGAAUUGAAAAAUGAAUCGGAUAAACUGAUAUUCGAAGUGAAUGGUUUGAAACUGGAGAACACGAGUCUGAGGAAAGAACGACAGAAAUUCGAGGAAGAAUUUGGCAAACUGAAAGGCGAGGGCGACGAGCAGAGAGCUGCAAUUAAAAGUCUGGAGUCCAGCCUGAUGGGUGAGCAGGCAUUAUCAGAAAAAAUUAGAUUGGAAUUAUCAGCUAGCCAAUCGGAAAACGAUGGGUUGAAAGCGGAGUUGAAAAAUCUGCAGAAGAAUUUAAACGCUCUUGAAUUGGCGAAUGGCAACCUGAAGCGUGAAGUAGAGGAUUUAAAGAAAACAUCGAUCGACGCGCAGAACAAGGUGAACGCAUUGCAAUAUCACGUGGCUGCGUUGCUGGAGGAAAAGACGGCACUUCUGAGCGAGUUAGAUGGUUUACGAGCCGAAGUGAGUGGAUUAGGUAAAGAAGUUGUGUCGGUUAAAGCUGAGAAAGAAGCUGUCGAGAAAAAGGCGAUCGUUCUAAGCGGUGAACUAAUGGAGCUAAAGGCAGCACUGGAUGAGACGCGCGUGGAAAAUGAAAGACUGAAGCAUGAAGAUGUGAAUAAACGAUAUGCUGCACUGGAGAAUGAGAAUGCCACUUUGAAAAUCGAAAAUACUAAAAUAGCAAUAGAACUCGAUUCCUUCAAGUUGGAUUUAACAAAAGCGAGAAAUGACCUCGAUAACUCCGAGAAUCAGAAUAGCGAGUUAAAGGCAAAAAUCGAUGAAUUGAAGAAAAUACUCGGCGAUGCCGAAACGAGGAUUAAAUCUUUGGAUGAACAGAUUGUUGACUUGUCGAAUGAGAAAAAGAGACUGGAAAAAGAGAGGGACGAUGUGAGAGGUCAGGCAGCGGUUUCAAAGGCUGACGACGUACGUGCGCAGCUUGAUGAUUUAAUUAAAGAUCUGGAUGCAGAGAAAGCGGACGAGAGCGCCGCCUUAAAAGAAUUGAACACCUUAAAGAAUACACUGGCCCAAUUGCAAGAGGAUUUGAAUAGAUGCAGAGAGGACAACAAACGACUGACUAUCGAAUUGGCCGCUUCGGAAGAUCGAGCUUUAGCGAUGCAGAAAGGUUCUGAGAAGAUUGAAGUCGAAAAUGGUGAAUUGAGGAAAGAUUUGACGAAGCAUGAUAAAGAGUGGCAGGAUUUAGAGAAGUUAACGAUAGAAAACGAGGAAUUGCGGGAUGAGCUAAGAAGAGCGCGGAAUGAGAUCAAUAAAUUAAAAGAGAAUAUCGAGAAAUCGAAAGGUGAUUUUACAGGGGAUGUGGACGAUAUCGACAGACUUGAAAAUGAAUUGAAGAAAUUGAUGAUCGAGAUAGACAAGGCGAGGGAAGAUUUAAAGCACGCGGCGGAAGAGAAUAAUAAAUUAAAUAUGAUCAAUAAAGGUCUCGAAUUAGAACUAGGUCAAUUGAAAGCGUGGCAGGACGAAAUAAAACAUUAUCCUGAGCGAGUCGGCGACGAAGUUAAGGAGUACGUCGGAGAGGCUGGCGUGAUUAAACCGGAUGAAUGCGGCGACUUCGUUAAGGCGAAUGAAUUACUGAAGAAGCAAAUUGAAAAGCAAUAUGACGCCGUGCAACGCGUGCGUGAUUAUAUACAAUUUGUGGACGGCAAAAUUCCAUCAAGACCGACAAUGGCGACGAGGCUAGACGACGACUUUGAGAUCGAGCGCUGGACCGUGCCAUCCAUCGUGGAGCUAUUCAGAGAAUCGCAAAAGCUGUCCGAGAAUAUCUACCUGGCGGAGAUCGAAGUGCAGGAUAUCGAUAGACUGCUAAAACUGCUCAGUAAAUGCAAGAGGGACAAUGAGAAUUACAUAAAGCAAUUAUCGGAGCUCGGUGUGGAAGUUACCAAGGUUGCAGGUGUGGAUAAUGGCGAUGAGCUUGCAGCUUUUGACCCUGAAUCUUGGUUGAAGUCUUUGACACUAACGCAACUGGCCGAGCUGCACGAUAAGAUCUGUAUGUUGACUUCAAACAUGGUGCAACAAGAUAGCAGUCCUGCGGCCUACGAUCGAUCGGCGAUUAACCGGGACCAUGGUGACGAUCGGCUGCGGGCGGAUUACGAUGCCUUAAACCGUCGGAUCGCCGCCUUGCAGAAGCAAAUAGCCGAGAAGCAAAUUGAAGCGGGGUGGAAGCUGCAGGAAUUAAGACGGGCUCUUCGUCUCGAGCAGGCAAACCUGAUUCGAAUCGCCGAUCGGAUGAAUCUCGAAAAAAGACGCAACUUGGCUCUCCACCUCACCAUGGACGAUUCGACGUGAUGUUUUCUUUCCGAGAUCAACGGGCAUGUCAAGUGCGGCGCAUGCUUCAGGCAAAUUCUUGUUGUUGGACAUGCAGUAACGAGACAAAAUAUUCUUUUUGUUAUUUCUUCUUUUACACUUCUUUUUACAGUGUACAAAAUAAAGGUAAAAAUUUGAUCAAUAGUCAGACGAUUAUAUGUGAAUGAGAAUUCAAUACACUUAAGAUUAUUUCAUUUUUUAAAAUAAUUUCUGUAAUUCUGUAAUGCCAUUCGACCAACUUCGAUUAACUUUAACCGACAAUUAGCUCCAUCAGCAAUAUCAGUAGCUCGUAUAUAUUUAUUAAAUAAUAAAAGAAUAUUAAUUUCGUCUACAUUAAAAUUUAAAAAAAUAUCGGAGGCUCUGAGCGAUCAAAUGUACAUUAUAAAGAGGAAACAAGAGAAAUCUUGCGUCUUAUUCUAAUAAUAAAUUGCUCUAUGUCUCUGGCUAACCCGAAUAAAAUGGUGCUAGUUCUUCAAUUAUUGCAGCCCUUUGAAGAGACUCCGCUCCGCUUUCGCGCUCUCCCCUCGCUACGAUUCGAAUGACCACCAACAGUCUCCUAGGCAUAUAAUUGCGAUAACGCACCAUAUUCAGUACAACACGGUUUUGUUGCUAAUCACGAUCGAACAAUAACAACUAAUGAGAGCCGCUUGUUUCGCGGCGCAUGCUUGCGCACGCCGCCACGUGCGAUAACGUGAUUUCCUAUUUCAUUUCGGAGGUCGCGUUGUUCGAUCGAGAUUAAUUCAAUUGUACUGUCCGCAUCCGUUCCCACCGACUUUACCCGGCUCGUCGGUGCGACCGCCGACGCGCGGGUGUGCACGCGGGCUCAAUAGGAAGGCGAAUACCGUCGACAAAGAGUAAACAUAUAAUUGAAAUGCGCGGGUAGAUCAAACGUUAAAUGAAUUGUCGAAAUCCAUUUAACUGUAUGUCCACCGCACGGAAUUGAAAUAAAUUCGUAAAAUGCCGACAGCAAACCGCCAUGCAUUAAUGCGGCAUAACGAUUGCAAAAGA